GGAGAAUAGGGAUUUAUGCUGCGCAAUGUAUUUGCUUUAUAUUGCAUCAGAUCGCCGCCCGAUAAUAUAUUGGAAUUCCCAAGACCGACAUAUACGACAUAAGUGUUUUAGAAAGGUGGACAGUGUUUACAAUCUGAGAUUGACAGCUCAAGAUUUGUGAUGGACAUUGCAGAAGAACGAUAGGAAGAAACAAUGACUGAAAUGACAACCUCACCAAACCCAUUAGAGCGACAGACCUCCAGCUACGAUAUGGACAUCAAGUGUCACAUCUGUUAUGAACUGCUGGUAAUGCCCUCCUCUUUGGCAUGUGGCCACACCUUCUGCAGGCUUUGUUUAGCGGAGUGGUACAAUACUUCUAAGCGUUUAGAAUGCCCUGAUUGUCGCUCCCCAUGGCAGGAAGUUCCAAAGGUCAACAUCUUUAUCAGAGAAGUUUUGGAGAAAUACUAUGCAGAAAAGCUAAAGACAAGGGAGGAGACAUUAAACACUGAACGAAACAAUAAGAUAUUAGAAGAGUUUGAGAUAUUUGGUCAAAAUUUGAAAGAAAACAGACUGGUUGGUCGUAAUGUGGUUGAACAACAAGGAAGGGUAUUGCAAGGUCCACAACGCAAUCUAGUACAACUAAAAGACUUCUUUUCAGGAUUUGUGGUGGCAGCUGCGAUACUGAUGUUGAUAUAUGUGGGCUGGUACUGGGGCUACAACAGUGACAGUGGAAUGUUGGUAUACAAGCCAGCCCAGCGAUGGGAUCCCGAGGAGGUUGGCACCUGGUUGGGAGAGCUAGGUGCUUGGAGUGCUGAGUAUGCCAACAAGGCAACAGAGCAACUCAUUGAUGGAAGACAACUUCUGGUUAUGGAGGAAUCUGAUUUUGCACAAAAAUUGAAUAUCACAGACAGUCUCCAAAUGAAGGUUUUGCUGCGAUCCCUACAUGAGUUAGCAGAUAAAGGGACAAAGCUGCCAGGAACACUGUGGGAAUACAAGUCACUACAUCCUGGACUUGCCAUGCUGUUGUUGUAUGGAAUGAAGGACUACCCUCGCACUACAAUAUUGUUCAUGUACCUGUUUGAAUAUGAUAACAUAUUCAUCCCUUUUGUACACUACACCUGUAUGGAUUCUGAGGAAAGUUUAAACAUGUUUGACAACGUGACCAGUCGUCAGCUAACAGAGUUUGUGUCAUGGGGCCUGUUCUUGCCCUACUAUCUCAUCGGGAUCUUCGCCUAUGACUGGACAAGUACCCAUUACUGGAUUAGUCGCAUGGUCAUACUCAGCUGUAUGGCACAGACCUACCUAGAGUGUACCUUCAUCGCUAACUUUGUACGAGGUGGAUACAGAAAUGCCUCAACAGUCGGGAAAAGUUAUGGAAAGAGCUUAUUGUCUGGUGUCUUCUUUAUCAUCAUCUGGCCGGUGGUCCCUAACUUCAUCUGCAACAUGUUCUUCUACGUGGCCUUGUACCUGUCCCCCUACGUGAGUCUGGAGAAAAUGUACCACCACAUCAAAAACACCAACCUCAGGAACUAGCAAGAAAGACUGUGAUGAACUGGAACACAGGAAACACAGAGAUGGCGUAAUAUAUUUACUAGUGUAUGCCUUCACUCAUAAAUAGAGACUUUUCCCAGGCUAUAUUUUUGUAUUCAAACAUUGUAUUUUUAUACUUUUGCUUAUUUGUUCCAAUACAGAAGAUCUUUGAUAGAUAAAUUCUUUGUCCUGGGAAAAUGACUUAAAGUUUACCAGGCUACAGUUUUAGCUUGCCCUCAGGAACUGUUUAUAUUUGAGGGAUAUGUAAUGACCAUUUCCCUUCCCAUUCUUUCAUAAAUAUGUAAUUUUAUAAAGAAAUAGUUUUUAUUUUCUGGAUUAAAAAAAUAUUGGUGUUGAUAUGGUACUAAUGAUAGUGCAAUUUUGGUUAAAACAUGGAUCUAGUGAGACAAACCUUACAAUAGGAGUACAUAGUUAAUGUUUUAUAAUCAUGUCACGUUUAAAAAUGAGUGGUGGAAUGGGAUAAUGUAGUGAUGUAAUUCUAUUUCAUUGUCAUUUUAAUACAAAUGCGUGAAUUUAUUUAUAUAUAUAUAUAUAUGUUUAUAUUAUAUAGGGUAUUUAUCAUGAUUUUUUGUUUGCACCUAAAUUCUAAUGAACUUCAUGUCCGAAUAAGUUGCACAAAGAUUUGCUUUUAUAUCAAGUUUGACACUAGUAGAUCAAGAGUCCCAUUUUAUCUUGUAUAUACAAAUGUAUGUAUGUUUGAUAUCAAUAAUUUGGAGAAAUCUUUAAUGAUUAUGUAUUGUGCUUGUGAUGAUGUCUGAGGACAAUUUACCCAGUAAUUGGUGAUAUGAAAUGGUCAUGUACAUAGUAUCAUGUCAUGAUGUUCAUAAAGUCCUUUCAAUGUUUUAAAGUAUGGGAUUUAAUCAAAUGAUUUUAUAUGUUUUAAUUAUCCAAUUCACCAUUUUAUCUUAAUCAUAUUUGACUUAUUUUCUUUUACUACUUAUGAACUUUGUCAGAGUAUGUUAAUAUAUUAUUUAUAGAUUUGUUUUAAUGCAUAAUGUUUACUUCAUGGAAUAAAUUCCUCACUACAUUUUCA